AUGGCAACAUUGAAUUACGUGAAACGAAGCUCAGAAACCAUCACAGACAUCGCCAAAGAUGUAAUACGACUUCUAAAAGAAGAGAAAGAAACUGUCGGUGUCGCCGAGUCCUUAACAGGCGGGAGUAUCAUGGCCGCCCUAACAGCAGUCGAAGGCGCAAGUUCUGUCUGUCGCGGCGGCAUAGUUUCCUACAGCAUUGGCAUAAAAGUCAACAUACUCGGAGUUAGUCAAUCUAUCAUCACGAAACACGGCGCUAUCAACGGGGAAGUCGUGGAACAAAUGGCUGCUGGCGCUCGCAGCAUCACAACGCUCGAUACGCCAACGACGUGGGGACUCAGUACUACGGGUGUGGCAGGACCCGGUACUGAGGAAGGAAAAGCACCUGGGACGGUGUUUAUUGGAAUCUCGAGGGCCGGUCAGGAUAGGGCCUUUGGGCCGUUUUACUUUCCGGGGGAUCGAGAUGCUGUCAGGAAAGCUACCAUUACGAAGGCGCUGGAGCAGUUGAGAGAACUUCUACGUGACCGAGAUCACAUGGAUGAGCGACCAUGA